AGGGCGAGCGAGCCGGCCAGCGAGGGACGAGCGCGGGCGAGGAGUCGCGCUCCGAGCCGCCGUCCCCGACCCCGCGCGCGCCCGGGGCUCCGCGCCAGGCGGCGGCGGCCAGGCCGAGCUCAGCACGGCCGGCCGGCUGGGGGUCCCCGACGGCGCCCAGCCCGGCGAGGGGCCGGAGAGAAGGACGAGGAGGGAGGGCGGCCUCGCCGGGGGCCCGGCAAUGGCGCUCGACUUCCUGGCUGGAUGCGCAGGGGGUGUGGCAGGUGUGCUUGUGGGACACCCAUUUGACACAGUCAAGGUGCGGCUCCAGGUCCAGAGCGCGGGAAAGCCCCAGUACCGAGGCACCCUGCACUGCUUCCGGUCCAUCGUCAAGCAGGAGAGCGUGCUGGGCCUGUACAAGGGCCUGGGCUCGCCCCUCAUGGGGCUCACCUUCAUCAACGCGCUCGUGUUCGGCGUGCAGGGCAACACCUUGCGGGCGCUGGGCCGCGACUCUCCGCUCAACCAGUUCCUGGCGGGCGCGGCGGCCGGCGCCAUCCAGUGCGUCAUCUGCUGCCCGAUGGAGCUGGCCAAGACGCGCCUGCAGCUGCAGGACGCGGGCGCGGCGCGCGCCUACAGGGGCUCGCUGCACUGCCUGGCGCAGACCUACCGGCGCGAGGGCCUGCGCGGCGUCAACCGGGGCAUGGUGGCCACGCUGCUCCGCGAGACGCCCAGCUUCGGCGUCUACUUCCUGGCCUACGACGUGCUGACGCGCGCGCUGGGCUGCGAGCCGGGCGACCGCCUGCUGGUGCCCAAACUGCUGCUGGCGGGCGGCACGGCGGGCAUCGCGUCCUGGCUCUCCACCUACCCCGUGGACGUGGUCAAGUCGCGGCUGCAGGCCGACGGGCUGCGGGGCGCCCCGCGCUACCGCGGCAUCCUCGACUGCGUGCGCCAGAGCUACCAGGCCGAGGGCUGGCGCGUCUUCACGCGGGGGCUGGCGUCCACGCUGCUGCGCGCCUUCCCGGUCAACGCCGCCACCUUCGCCACCGUCACCGUGGUGCUCACCUAUGUGCGGGGCGAGGAGGCCCGGCCGGAGGGCGAGGCUGUGCCCGCUGCCCCGGCUGCCGCUGCGGGGCCCCCCCUGGCCCAGCCCUCCAGCCUGUGACGCCCGUCCCCCGCCCUGCUUCCCCGGCGCCGCUUUCCAGAAACCCGGCAAUGGCGUGAAUUGGCCCCUUAACCGAUUGCCCGGCUCAGGUGCCGUGGGCUGUGGAUUCUAGGAGACCUCGGUUGAAUUUCGCUCAUCAGCUGGGUGCCCUUGGCGACGAACUUCACUCUGCUGGCCUCAGUGUUCUCAUCUGUGAAAUGGGGACUCUCCUACCCACAUUGUAUAGACAGGAAGUUCAGAGACGAUUCCCAUGCCUGGCUGAGUCAUGGCUCUGUGCCUGGAAACGUUACUGGGGAUACCUCCGCCCCACCCUGGCAUCCCGGCCACCCCCUCUGUGCUCCUGUCCUGCAGGCUGGUUCCCAGGGGUCUCUGAUGAGCCACCAGUGGCUGCCCAGGGACUCGCUAACUCCCCAAACCCUCCUCCUGGCUGAGCUCCAGGGAGACUUCUUGGCCACCUCCCUGAUCUCUGUUAGGGACAGCGGGCAGCUGGGAGUGCCUCCUGGUGUCACGGGACUGGAUGCUCUGCCAGUGCACCCUGGCUUCCCCAUAAGGCACUGCUACAUACGGCGUGGCCGGCUGCUGCCCCUCCCACUGGAAGGAGGGUAGAUCCGGAAGCCAUGGGGUCUGCUGGAGGCUCCACGUCAGCUGGGGACCUGGGAGGGCAGCGUGCACAGGCCAAAGCGGGGUGCUCCUCGCAGUUAAAUUGUGAUACAGCUGUGGCAAGGAGACAUCCUUUCACCUUCUGGCCUCAGGCUGCCACCUGUAAAAUGGUUGGGACAUGGGCCAGCUAGUGGAUGCCUGGGUCCCUGGCCCACCACCACCAGCCAGAGUCCCCAGGGUGUGCAGGGGUUCCACAGAGGGCAGCAUGGAUCCCCCUGCCCCGGCUCCCACAGCUCAGGCCACAAAGAAGCCAAAGGUCAGUUGGUCCACUCCCCAGCACAGUGCCGGGGUCCCUGUGAGGGCACAGACGGCCUAGUGGUGGGCACAGGGACGGCCAGUUGUGCCUGCUUGGGCAGGAGAGGGUCCCCAGGCUUGGCUCCCAGGAGGCAGGCCGCCCUCAGUGAGGACGAGCUCUGUAUAGCGUGAUGUUACUGUACAGAAACCUCUGAGGGAAUAAAAUAUUCUUUGGUUUUUUUUUAA